CCGUUCCUCAAAUAAAUUAGAUUUCUCCGGUUCUCAAAUCAAUCACAACUUUGUUUGAACAACAGUGGACAGCAAACUAUUUCGCAAGAGCAAGCUAGUAGUCUACUAUCGUACUCUACCAGUAGCAAGAGUAAGAGAUUGACAGACCAUGAGCGGGAGCAACGGGAGCAGCGACGUGUGGAUUUACCACGAGAAACAGGAGAGUCUGCUUUGCGGUCAGCACAGCUUGAACAACUUGGUGCAAUACUGCGAAUUUACACCGGAUACGUUGGCUAUUUUCGCCCAUGAACUGGAUGAAUUGGAACUCAAUUUCAUGGCGGAGAACAAUGAAGGAGGGGUCAAAUCCAAAGACUACCUAGAACGCGUGAAUGAAGGCUCUGGCAACGUGGAUCCGCAUGGCAAUUUUUCCAUUCAGGUGCUUCGAAGAGCUCUGCAAAAACGCUAUGGUUUGGAGUUGCCCAGUCUGAAAGAAGAGGGUUACGCCAAGAAAGAGCCGACCACCAUGGAAGGAUUCAUUUGCAACAAACACUCCCACUGGUUCGCCAUUCGAAAAAUAAAUGGGCGCUACUGGAAUCUAAAUUCCACAAAAGAUCGGCCGGAAUUGAUUUCCUAUUUCGACAUGGCCACGGAAUUGAAAGAAAUUGUCGCCGCCGGGUAUUCCGUAUUCGUAGUACCACCCGAAAAAACAUUGCCGCCCGCUUGCACCGGCGCCAAAGAAAUGCAACAGCGAAAAGCCGCCAUUCGAGGGGGAGUCGAGGGAAAUUGGUGGCGGGAAGCAGAUCUAUUGACUCCUGGAGCUGCUGGAGCCAACAACAAAAAUGGCUCACAAGACCCUUGGAAAAAUGUGGGAUCGGGAAUGAGACUCGAUGGAAAAUCAACCGUACCAGAGUCGCCGUUGAAUUGGAGACAACCGGCCACACACGGAAUGUCAGAGGAAGAACAACUACAAUUCGCCGUGGCAGCCAGUCUCGAAUCACCCAAAAAAAUUGCAAAAACAGAACCAGCAGCCGGACCCGACUUGGCUAAUGUCACGGUGCCACCAGAGCCAGCGGCAGGAACAGCCGGUUCGGUGCGCAUUCAAUUUCGAUUGCCUUCCAAACCUCGGGUCGUACGACGAUUCAUGGAAACAGACUCGGUAGCCGUCAUUCUCAAAUAUUGCACUGACAUGGAGGGCGGAAAGAGUCUCGAUCUACUAUAUGGGUUUCCACCCAAAGACUUGAAACCGCUCGCAGAACAAACUAUUGGAGACGCCAAACUGGCAGGAGAAAGCAUUCAGGGUCGAGCUGUCUAACCUAAAAAAGAGAAUGCAUGCAUGAAAUCCGAGAAAGGUGAAGAAGAUACACAAUGACAGUCAUCCUUAGGUCUCGUUUGAUGAUGAGCUAAAGCUAUAGCCUGCCCAUAACCACUCUCUC